AUGCCUGAAAGUCCAAGUGACCAAGCAGUCCUUGACUGCUCAGACAGCCCUCUGUCGGUAGCUGCCAACGUCAUUGGAGUCUUGACACUUGCCUAUGCCGUCUUAAUUACGGUUAUCUAUCGUACAAACACUUUGGUCAAGUCGAAGGAUGAGAGCCAAAGGUUUUACAAACGAGCGGAGACGGCACAUAACUCACUAGUUCAGGCAAAAAGACGGCUGGACAUCUACUUCUCAACAGUUGACCUGCAAAUGAGCCAGGAAAUUGAGUUACUAUUUCAAGAUUUCGACUACUGGGACUAUCAAUAUAAAAAAGAGCUUCAAAGUAAGCCCGGGUAUCACCGAACGCAUGAGGAGAAGGAGGCCGAGAACCGUCGUCGCGCGAUGAGCCAAAAAGGUAUCUUUCUCCUCCAGCGAGAAGACAUGACUACGAUUGUCGAGGGCAUGUUGCAGACCCGAGCGUGGCUCGACGGAACAUACCAGGUCCUCCUCAACAGUAUGAUCAUUGACGAAAUCAGAGAGCAGAGAGCCUGCUUCGAGACUCAAUUAAGGGCGAUGUCAAAACAAACCACCGUGUUGACUCAGACCAUGAGUGAUCUCAAUAACGUGCCUCCAUCAGAUCCAGUGCAAUCACCAGCCCCGGUUGGAGGUGAGAAUGCGAGUAAAAUGGGUCCUGUUGAUAUGCUCGAGAUGUACCUUCGACCACUGGGCCCAUUAGGCCCGGAUCGCCCGUCGGAACGAUUAAAGGCCACUUUCCGUCAAUAUGGACGCCGACCUCCAUGUGAGCAUGAUCAUUCCAGUGAGGUUGAUCAGAGUAAGAAGCCUAGCAUAUGCUGUGAAUCAUGUGGAAAGGCAUACUUUGAUCUAGAGAAGGGUCUUUGGUUAAGACCUUCGUCGCCGGGAUCUCAGGUGUAUUUUGCUGCAGAGCAGGGGAAAUGGGUUAAAAGUACAUUUGAGCCAGUUCACUUCAAUGUUUAG